AUGCCUUUGAAUAUGAUGCUUCAAUCGUGGCCUUUAAUGACCCUUCUAUUUGUUUUACUUCUGCACAGUUUCUCAAUACCAACCUGUCAUGGCCAAACCAGAAGUUCUCCUCCUCAGAACAUUGAAACUUUCUAUCCAAAUGAAACUUCAGCAGUACAACAACCUGAGACAUCACCACAGACACAACAACCACCAACACUACCAACUGGUAACACAGCACCUAGCCGCGGUUCUUCCAGUGGUAAGAUGGCCAAGGCGGUGGCUGCAACUGCAGCCAGCACCAUAGUUGUUUGUUGUUUAGUUUUCUUUUUGUUGCGAAGGUGCUUGAGGGCCAGAAAGAGAAAGGGAGAGGUGAUAAGUAACCCUGUUUCUGGUGGAGAUACCCGUGUUGUGCCUCAGGGAAAUGUGUUUGAGAGAAUUGAUGGAAAUGUGAAGGGGUUGAUUGUGGACGAGGAUGGUUUGGAUGUGAUUUAUUGGAGAAAGCUUGAAGGAAAGAACAGUAACAAGGAUCUACAUAAAGAGGUUUUGAGUAGUCCCAGAAACAAAGAAAAAGAAGAUGAUCAUGAUGAAAAUCAAGUGAAGAAGUCCAAGUCCAUCCAAGAAGUUCCUCUGCUUAGAGGGAAAUCGUCAACUUCCCACUUAAAUGUAUCACCAGAAGAGGAUGUACCAUACAGAUUUUCACCAAUUUCUUCUCCUCCUCCUGCUUCUGCUUCUGUUUCUGCUCCUACUCCUUCUAGUCUUCCAUCAUCAGUUGGGGUUAUUAUCAGGGGUGCUCAGAAACCAGACUCUCCAACUCAACCAUCAACUCCACCCCCUCCAGUUUCACCGUCGACACCUUCAUCCUCUAGUUCUAUUUCAGCAGUGCCGAAGGCGGCUAAUCUUGCGCCGGCACCUCCCCCUCCCCCAAUCCCAGCGAGAAGAACUCCAGCACCUCCUCCUCCUCCAGCCUCAUCAAAACCACCACCUGCUCCAAUUGAAAUGCCAGCUAUUAAGCAUAGAAACUCUUCAGGGAAAGGCAUCCCAGAAACCAGCAAUGACCAAGUGAAGCUGAAGCCUUUGCAUUGGGAUAAGGUGAAUACUAAUAAUGCUGAUCACUCCAUGGUUUGGGACAAAGUUGAUCGUGGCUCUUUCAGGGUUGAUCAUGAUCUCAUGGAAGCUCUCUUCGGUUAUGUCGCGACCAACCGGAGAUCUCCCAAAGGAAAAAGUCACUCAGCCAUUCCAAGCAAGGAUUCCUCAGCUUCGUCAGCAAAAAUUUUCCUUCUUGACCCGAGAAAAUCACAGAACAUUGCUAUUGUUCUCAAAUCUCUUGCAGUCUCACAAGGUGAAAUUGUUGACGCACUCACUGAUGGUAAGGGCCUAAAACCAGAUACUCUUGAAAAGCUUGCUAGAAUUUCCCCAACAGAAGAAGAGCAAUCUCUUAUCCUUGAAUACAAAGGAGACCCAGCAAGACUUGCAGCAGCUGAAUAUUUCCUUUAUAAUAUCAUCAAAGCUGUUCCCUCAGCUUUUAAGCGCUUGAAUGCCAUGCUAUUCAGGUUGAAUUAUGACUCUGAGAUUCAAGAAACCAAGGAAUAUCUGCAGACCAUUGAACUGGGGUGUAAGGAGCUUAAAAGCAAAGGACUCUUUGUGAAGCUUCUUGAAGCAGUGCUCAAGGCAGGAAACCGAAUGAAUGCAGGAACUGCAAGGGGCAAUGCACAAGCCUUCAACUUGUCUUCUCUAAGGAAACUCUCUGAUGUUAAGAGCACCGAUGGAAAAACCACAUUACUUCACUUUGUGGUUGAAGAGGUAAUCCGUUCUGAGGGAAAACGGGUUGCUCUUAACCGCAAUGGCAGUAGCAGCAGUAACAGUAGUAGGAGCAGCAGCAGUAGCAAUGGAAACUACGAGAACAAUGCUGCUUCAAGUGAACUGAUAGAAAGGGAAUAUAUGACAUUAGGAUUACCAAUCGUAGGAGGGAUCAGUUCUGAGUUAUCCAAUGUUAAGAAAGCAGCACAAAUAGAUUUUAACAAUUUAGUUGGUUCAAUCUCUGCCCUCUCAACCCGGUUAGUCAAAGUUCAAGAACUGGUUUCCUUGUGUGAAAAUAGUGAAGGAGGACAUUUUUUAAAGGUAAUGGAUCAUUUUCUUGGAAAUGCCGAGGAAGAGCUGAAAUUAUUGAGGGAGAAGCAAACAAGUGUGUUGCAGCUUAUCAAGAAAACAACACAGUAUUAUCAAGGAGGAGCUUCAAAAGAAACUGCAGAAGACAAUCUUCAAUUGUUUGUCAUAGUGAAGGAUUUCCUGGGAAUGGUUGAUCAAGCUUGCAUUCAGAUUGCACGUGACAUGCAGAAGAGGAAGUUUCCUCCAAAGUCAAUUUUUGUAUAG